ACUCACUUCAAUUCUUCACCGAUUUACUAAUCAGUUCUUCGUCGCCGGCCGACUUCUAUCACUUAUUUCAUUCGAAAGAAGAUCACGUAUUCAUUCAUUGGAUUUAUUUUUCUGCGGUCCUACUAUUCAAUCAUCUAAUCGACAAACUUAUUCUACCUAAGCCCGACAAGAUGCUACCACAACACGUCCUCUUUGCGCUCGUCGCAACCGUUGCUGCCGUCCCGCUUAACAUCAACCUCGGCGCCUACUCCCCUGCCUUGGUAGUCGGUGAUGGUGAAAUCUCACUAGGGUCAACAGAGUCAGCCUCUGAGCUGAUGGCCACCCUCGCCUCGGGCGCUGCACGGAACGGCAACGGCGAAGGCCAAGCUCGGCAACCAGGUCAGCCAGCGCGAGCUGAGCAAAAUCAAGAACGACCAGCUGAACCAGCGCCAGCAAAACGUGCCCCGAAUCUCCGCCGAGCUCUCGAUCAGCUUCUCGGAAAGCGCGCCCCUGCUGAACCUAAGAUGGUUGCCGUCGAAGCCGCUAUGGAAUGGAUUAAGCGCGACCUCGCGGGCUUCGAAAAGGCUCUUGGUUAUGCCCGUGAAGCUUUGAAGGAUGCCCCCAAGGUUGAGCUCGGUACCGAGAACGCUGGAAUCGGCAUUCUCGUCAACCCCGGUGUCAACGUCCCCAAGGGCUCAGCUGCUGCUGGCUCAGGCGAGAAGGAAAAGCGCGGCGAGGUCGUUACCGAGGACGAGGCGCCGAAGAUGACCCUGGUCGCUAUCACCGAAGUUUGAGAGAUGUACCAUGAAAGAAUUGGAGCAAAUAUUUGUAACCUACGAUUGUACACGGACAUGCGCAAAGGGACAAUCGAACGAGGACUGGUGUUAGAUGACAUAUUGGGAUUUCAUUGAGUGCGCUUUUCUGUCAGCGAACAUCGGCAGGAUCCUGCGCAAAGCGGACCGGAAGAUAUGGAGUUCGAGAUAAUGGCGCUGUAAGAUUUAUGCUCGGCCACUAGGAGGAAAUUAGAAUCCAAUAAACAACUACGUG